AUGAUUGGGUGGCGAGCGAAACGACGGAACGCGGUCCUUCAAGUGAGUCACUUCCGGACGGCGGCGGCGGCAGCUGGCCUCUCCAUUGUGGCGAACCGAAUGGCCCUCCGCGCCAUUCGUUUUCUGCUCAAAACCCUUCUUACGAGCUCCAAACUGCCCCAGGUGAGCCUCGCGCCUUUUUAUUGCAUCGGAUAUUUACACAAAAUUUUGAGAAUUUGAACAUUUCAGUGUACUUUUAACACUUUGAUGAUAGGAUAAACAUAUUUACAAGCUAUUUUCGAAAUUGGUUGAAUUUGCGUUGUCUUAUAGAAAACGAGGACAACGGAUUUUUUUCUGAAGAAACCUGAGUUUUUUUUUUUUGAAAUUUUUUUAGGUUGGAUUCAUUCUCAUACUAAAUAUUGAAAAAAAUCAGUUUUAUUCAUUAUUAUUACCAUAAAAUCCAUAAAGUCGCUCCUCCAAGAAAAGUUGAGAUGUUGAGCUUCUUCUUAACUUCUAACCCCAAAUAAAGCUCUGAAAAAAAUAAUUAAAUCUCUUGUAGGGUUUCAAUAUCUUUCGAAUAGUUCAAUCAAAUUUUUUUCUGUGAGAUUCGAUGCUUUCAUGCAAAAAAACUAGAGCGAACGAGCCAUUAGUAAAAUUACCAAAAAAAUAUUUCGAACUUCGAAUAAAACAAGAAAGUGAUUAUGUACCCAACAUUUUUUUGUUGCAGCUAGAAAAAAACCUAAAAACCAGUUUCGAAAAAAUCUACCAAACAAGAAAAAAAUUUUUUUCGCUGCGUUUCUCAGACUUGCCGAAAAAGACCACGCCCAUUGUGACUCAACGGCCUUUAUAAACAAAACUUCUGAGAAAAAAAUUCAAAUUUUUCGAAUUUUGAACUUUAAAAAAAGAUGAACUUCAAACUGAAUUCACAACUUCCAGAAAAAAAAAAUAGAGAAUUCAAGAAGAAGAGCUCUUUUCGCGUGAGAAUUGGGAUGCGACGCACUGCAUUUUACGCCACCUGCUACACUUAAAUAUUCAAGUUCGGAGCACUUUUUUCUCCUUGAAAAGAGAAGAAAACGCAAAAAAGAUGAAAGAAGUGAAGCCGAAGGGUAUGCGAGAAACAAAAAAAAAAGAAAAAAGAAGCGAUGAACUCUUGAGAAAAGAGGUCAUACCGAAGAAAACGAAGUUUGAAAUCGGGACAGCAAAAUUUUAGUGACCCUUAAAAGGAAAUUUGAACUUAGAAGUAUUCACUGUUUCAAAUGAAGUUAAAACAGACAAAGUGACAACAAUUAAAAAGAAAAUUUUUCGUGACCCGUGCAAGAAGAUUUGAUUUUUUCAAGAUGAAAACUGUAGCGGGAAAAAUUUCCAGAAAGAUCAAAUCAAGAAAAAGUAUUUUGAAUUCAGUACCGGGGUGAAAGGAAAAACCUCAAAAAAGCAGCGCUCAAAAAACCCCAAAAUUACGGUAAUAACUUUUUUCCGGUAGCCAAAAAAAACGCACACUUCUCCAAAUGAAUCAUUGUUUCGCGCAGAUGUUUUGAGGAGGAAAUACGGGUUGGAAUCGGGCCAGUCGAUGACUAA